AUGGCGGAGAUCGUUGCCGACCUGACAGCCACGGUCAACGCGGCCCUGUCCAAGCUCUCUCCCACCGAUGAUAUCCCGGACUCGGCGCGGUUCCAGCUACUCGAUGCAUUGGAAAAACUCCGUGGAGCUGUCGAACCCCCUGUCCAGUCGCUCCUAAACAUCUGCUGGGCGGCUCAUCCUCUGGUUGCGGUCCGAACUGCGAUUGGGAUGGGAAUUUUUGAUGCGUUCGCCGGUGUUGGCGGUGCCGAGUUAACCAUCGACGAGUUAAAUGAAAAGACUAAGGGCGACAAGGCCCUGCUAGUCCGGAUCAUGCGCCUCCUGAGCGCCCAUCGCUUCUUCACCGAAACCGGAGUGGACAAAUACCAACCCCAGCCCCUGGCGCUGGGGUUCGCGGGCGGCGCUCCGCCCAGUGAGGUGAUCAAAAACUUCCACAUGAUCUUGCGGGCCACGGCGUACGUUCCCGAAUUCUUGGAGGCAAGAGAGUACAAUAGCCCAGAUGACGCCUACGACAGCCCCUUCCAGCGGGCGUACGGCACCGAACUCCACCACUUCGAGUGGCUGGGCAAGCACCCGGACGAGCAGCAUGCCUUCAACGUGGUGAUGGAAACCAGCAACCGGGCGGUAGAGGGCCAGCAGUGGUACGACUUCUACCCCUGGGAGGAGCGGCUGCUGGCCGGCGGUAAUGCAGACCGCGAGAAGAAGAACCCCACCGGCCGCCUAAUCGUACAGGACCUCCCCGAAGUUGUCCGGGAUAUCCAGGAGCCGGCAGCCCAGGGGAUCGAGGCCCAGGGAUACAACAUGUUUGACGCGCAGCCCGUCCGCGGCGCGAAGGCGUACUACAUGCGCACGGUGCUGCAUGACUGGCCCGACAAGCAGGCCUUGCAGGCCCUACAGCGCAUCCGGGAAGCGAUGGCCGACGAUUCGGUGCUGUUGAUCAACGAGAAUACCCUGCCCGAGAGUGCCGUCCCUCGGUUCAAUACGAGUGUCGAUCUCAUCAUGAUGACCAUGUUCUCGUCACUGGAGCGAACAGAUAAGCAGUGGCAGAGUCUUUUAGAGCGCGCCCAGUUCAAGGUCGUUACGGUCUGGCGAGCGGAUAACCAGGGCGUGGGGUCUAAUGCUUUGUUUGAGGCUGUUCCUGUUUAG